CAUAUGGGACAAAUGUUCCGAAUGUUAUAAAACUGGGUCAAUUUUCCCAGCUGAUCGCUUUCAUUCAUAGUUUUUCAUUCACAAAAUUAGUACAGAAAAUACAAUCGAUUUAUCGACGGAUGCUCUAAUCUUCAGAACAAAAGACUUUUGGAGAAUUCUUACAUGCAAAUAUAAAUAUUGCAUAGGAUUUUUAUGCAUUCAUCGACAGACUUCAACUUAGUGGUUGUUUACAAAUUAUUUUGUUUAUUGUCCGCGUGACAAACACUGAAAAUAGUUUACAACAGUCAUGUCGGAUAAAGAAGAAGAGACAGCAGUCGCAGAAAAGAGGGGACGCGGACGUCCUAAAAAACCAAAGUCCGACGAGCCAGAGGAACCCAAAGAAAAGAGACCACGCGGUCGUCCAAAGGGAAGCAUCAAGACUACAAAGAUGGACGUUCCCAAAGGACCGACGAGACCGCGUGGUCGACCCAAGGGGAGCUUCAAGAAAACAACUAAAAAGAAAGCAGCAACACCAUCAAAGGGCUAUGGAAAACGAGGCCGUCCAAAGAAAGAUUCAAGCAGUCCAACAAAAGAAGAAGAUGGUUCAGUUGAUAAUUAAACCUUGAUUUAUACAGCAAAGACUUCCACUAAAGAAGAAGUAUAUGACCACUAUUGCAACUGUAGAUCUUUGUUUCUGCAGACUGAAACCGAUGAUUUACAAAGACAAGAUUUUUAUAUGUAAAUAAAUUGCAAUUUUCCUAUUUUACCUCACAAAUUAGAAUUUAUGAAGGAAGCAGAAAUAAGUGUUUACACUGGUUUAUAUUUCAAUUCUAAUUUCAUAUCUAGAAAAGGGAAAUGUGUUUUGUUUUCUCGUCCAAUUUAAAAAAAAUAAUAAUAUACAGAUUUACUUUUAAUAUUUACCUAUACAAUUAUGCAUUGAAAUAUUAAAAAUAAAUCAAACAAAUUAUAAUUACUGUCAAGAUUACCUCAUACUGUAUGUGCAUAUUGAAUCAUUUUUUCGCCAUUUGUAUUUCAUUUGAGGCAAUAAGCUCGAGAAGUACCAAUAUUGUGUUCAGACGUGUACAUCACUGCCAUUAUAACAUUUUCAACUGGUGCUUUUAUAUUCCAACGUGUUUAUUUCAUUGUCUAUGUUUAUUUUAUAACAUUUUUUACUUGUUGUGCAUUAUUGAUUUUUUUUUUAUUAAUGAUAACAUUAUCGAAGUAUGUAUAGAAAUAAUGAUGAUAAGAUAUACUAGUACUCAAGUGAUACAUUUUUUUAUUUUUUUUUUAGUCCUCAUUUAUAAAAAAAGAGUUCUUCGUUAAUUGUAGUAUCUUUUUAUUAACUCCAAGAAGAAACAAAAAACACAUUAGAUUUAUUUGAUAAAACAAAUUAAAUCUAUCAAAAUUGUAUCAUGUUAAAAUGUAGAUAAAAAUGUGAUAACAAUGUAUCAAAAAUUUAUACGUUUGUGACUAGAUAUUCAGAAUUAAAACUUUUUGUGUUUAUUAUUAGACUUGGUGCCAUAAAGCACGCAGAAGAGACAAUUCUUGUAUAUCUAUAUCAAUGAUCAUGGGAAGGCAAAAUAACUGAUGAUUACCUCAUAAAAGGGACCAAACACUUACAUUUGUAACAAUUUUAAGAUUGGUUACGGUGGAAAUUGUAAGGGGAAGUAAACUAUUUCAGUUGUAAUCAUGUUUAUGAUUUGAUAUUUUAAGAAGUUCAUUCGUCUGUAGUUUGAUUGCUAAGUACAAAAAAAAAAGUAUUGUUUAACGAAUAAAAAAUUUAUGUUGUAUUUUUUUUUUAAAUAUGCAAGUUACUUGGGUACUUUAGAUUAAGACAGGUUUGUCUUUCCAAUCUCGCAUUUUUUUAUCAUACCAUAUUAUAUAUUUUUUUUGCGAAGUUUAUUUGUAAAUACAACAAUCAUUGAAUAUUAGAAUAGUUAGUUAGCAUUACUUUUUGUAUGUAUGUGUAUGAUGUGUUAAUGUGUAGUUUUAUGUGUGCGCUUUUUUUUUUUACUAACUGUACUCACUGUACUCGUAAUAUACAGUUUUUAUUUGUUAAUUUCUCUUUAAUUCAGUUUGUAUUCUCAUGAUUGACACAUGUUAAUUUAAGUUACAGUAUUAAAAGGAGUAGUCAAGUUUAAUCAAAAGCUACAUAUGAACAAAAAUUAGAAUUUAUUUACAAACAAAAGCUACAGAUCGGAAAAGCCGUGUCCUAGCUUGCAAAUCAUUUGGCAGUCGGCAUAAAGCACAUUAUAUUUCUGAAAACCUUCUCAAAAUGAUAACGUUACAGAUCACAUGGGAUGAAAUCAUCCAAUCAAUUAUUACCCAUGUAAACCAUUAUUAUUGCUUAAAGUAUACGGCAUGUUUUAUGUGUUUUUUUUUCAUUAAUCAGUUUUAUAAUCUUUGUUGUCUAUACAUGUCACGAAUAAUAAAAUCUAAUAGAUUUCCA